CCUCAAAACAGACAGAGACAGUCGGGAGAGCGCACGAGCUCGACGCAGCGGUGCAUUUCUGUUGAUUUUGGGAUUUAAAAGAAAACGAAUAUAAUUUUUUUUAAAUAUAAACUGAGUAUGAACUCGGAGGUGGUGAACGAUGAGAAUCGGGGCACUCUGCCUGUAUACAAACACGUCCCGUCUGAAUCAGCUGCUGACAUUUUCGCUCUGGAUCAGCCCACCGGCAGGCCGUCCAUCCUGAGACAGUCUCAGGCCGAGAACGUUAAUAAAAACCUUCCUAAAGGAGUGAAGGUUUGCUUCCAGACUCCACUCAGAGACCCAGUCACCAAGAAGAUCAUGUCUCCAAGUCGUGUUGGCACAAUGGCUGCUCUCGAUGACUGCACUAAUGCGCUGGAGUCUCUCACGCUCAAGUCACCCUCUCCACACAGUGCUUCCACCCUUCCAGUUGAUGUUCCAGUGAAAACGUCCACUUCCUUUCCUGAUGAUGACAUGCCCAUUCAGAGCAGAGGAGGCUAUGCCAUCGACUUUGACAACCUGGACUUCAUGAAUCCCUUCCAGAGCUCCAGUAAAAUGAUCCCCUCUCCCACCAAACCUGCUGUGCUGCAGUCUAACACUCUGACGGAACCGGAACCGCCCGCCUCAUCACCUGCACCUGACGAACUGGAAAAGGUGAUGGAAAAAAACGACAUUGCUCUGGAUGAGACUCUUCCUUUUAUCCCGUCUGUAGAGAAUUCCCUGGCAGACCUUUCUACAGAUGGUGCUUCCACAGACAGCACGGUGAUCAUUGAGCCAAGGAAAACGGCGCUCACAGAUCACAGCAUCGACGAUACCGUGAACGUAGAAGUUCCUGAACCGGUUCCUGUAGUUAAGGAAGCUGUAACAGAGUCGCCUUUACUCCCAAAAGGAUCCUACCAGAUUGAUUUCGAUGACCUUGACUCUGUGAACCCUUUCAAAACUGGUGGCUCAAAAAUCCAGAACUCUCCUCCUGUCUCCAGGAAGUCACCCAUCUGCAGUUCAGUACCGUUGGAAGCUGAGGAGGUUGGCUCAGGAGUGAAGGCUAGCGAGAUGCUAAGUGAGCAGGAAGAUAAACCGUCCACCACAGAGAAGCCCAUUAUUACAGAGGUGAACACAGACACUGCUCCCUCAGUUGCGCCCCCGAAAGAGGUUCCUGUGGUGUUGGAGUUCAACUUUGAUGAUGGUGCUGAAGUUAAACGUAAACCUCCUCCCAAGCGCCUCGGCUUAAAGCCUCCACUUUCCAAAUCGAAAACCAAAACUACAAAACCAGCAUCUGCUCCAGCCGAGAAGAAAAGUGCAGAAAUCGAACCCAAGUCAUGUGACUCGGCAGUGGAAAUUCCUCCAGCGAGAGGUGCUUACACUAUUGACUUGAAUCAACUGGAUGAUCCAAGCUUUAACCCGUUUGGUACGAAGGCCAAAAUGGGCAGUUCUCCUCCUCGUGAUGCUCCAGUGGUGAGUGAAGGCUCUAAGGUUCCAGAACAGGUGGAGAAGCAGGAAAAUGCUGAGGAGACGCAUACUCACAGUUCUCCUGCCUCUGAAGUGGAAAAUGCUGCAGAAGCUGAACCUUUUUUCACUAAGGCUGCAGCAGAACCUGAGCCCUUACAGGUUGCUGAAACCCCUCAGCCCUGCGUUCCGGUUCUUCCAAAGCCACAGAAGAUGGAGGAGCCGGCUUUGCCCUGCGCGCUGAUCCAGAGCAUGGGGCUGGACAUGACCGCAGCCGAUGAGGAGUUUGUUCCUGGCUCCAUGUUCAUGCCGAGUGACCUGGAUGGACAGAUUGACUAUUUGGAGCAGUUUGGAUCCAGCACUUUUAAGGAAUCCGCUCUCCGUAAGCAGUCCCUCUAUCUGAAGUUUGACCCUCUGUUGAAGGAGAGCCCAAAGAAAGCUUCAGCAGACAGCUCAAGCUCUGGGUUCACUCUUCCUCGUCCCUCUUUGGCGAUCCGGAUGAUGGAGGCUGCGAGGUCAGAGGUCAGGCAGAAAUCUCAGCAGGAAAGCACAAAGUUGCUGGAAGACUUUCCUCCACUGGUGGAGUCUCCGGUGGUUCAGGACCCCACUGUGCUGGACCUGCUGGUGCCAACACUGAAGCAGACCCAGAAGAGUGAGGACGUCAUUGUGGACAUGCUGAAGUACACGCAGAGGGACCUGGACACUGCUCUGGAAAAGGCCCGAGAACAGGCAGAGGCGAGAGAAGCGGAUCUGAAGGCUCAGAUUGAGACGAUGACUCUGGAUAAUCAACACAUGGCGAUGAUCGUGUCUGAGUACGAGGCAUUUAUUUCUCAGAUCACAGCCGAGCACAAGCAGAAGGACGAGCUGGCGCAGGCCGAGCUGAGCAGAGUGCUUCAGGAGAAACAGCAGCUGGCUAAAGAGCUCAGCGACAUGGAGCGCUCCUUCUCCGACGUCGUCAAGCGCCUGGACCGGCGUAAAGAAAUCAUCGACGGCUUCAAGAAGAACGAGGAGACGCUGAAACAGUGCACUCAGAGCUACUUGGCCAAACUGCAGAAAGAGGAGCAGCGUUAUCAGAUGCUCAAAACUCAUGCCGAGGAGAAAAUUGAGCAGGCAAAUAAGCAGAUAGCGGAGGUGCGCAGCAAGCUGGGAGCUGAGGUUUCUGCUCUGCAGGUGCAGCUCAGGAGAGAGCAGCUCAAAGUGCAGUCACUGGAGAAGAACCUGGAGCAGAAGGUGAAGGAGGUGGAGGACGUCACCAGGCUGUGUGAUGAGCUGAUUGUGAAAGUGCAGCAGCACUGAGCUGCUUCUUUAUUCAUGUCUGUGUUUGUGUGGGUCUGUUUGUUGUUUGUCUUGCUCUGGUUGACUUAAAAUAAAGACUUUUACUGUGCA